AUGGCGCGUGAUUUCACUCUACCUUUUGUGACUUGUAGGUCACCCUUAGAGGGCAAAGAUCUGGAUAUUUGUUGUAAUCGGACAAAUUCCCAAGUGAUUAGGGUUUUGAUUGGAGCGUGUGUUGGAAGAAGACUGUGCUUGUUCAUUCUCUGCGAGGGGUGUCGUGAAAUGGGCACCAGCACUGAUCUUUUUAGGGGUUCAUAUUGUGGAUUUAGAGCUACUGUGGUUAAGCAUUUUACCUUGGAGACUGCUUAA